AUGUUAGAGAAGAUUCACAGCCUUGACCUUCUGAGCUUGUCGGCAGUACACUUGGAGGAGAGCUCAACGGAGGUGAUGCUAACUAACGAGACGUUCACGGGGGUCCACCAGGACGACCCAGCACUGGUCAGCUACCUGAGACACCAGCUGGCGCCACCCUCCGCCCUCCCCUACAACCUCACCAACCCGGAGAAGGAGGACUUCUCCCAGUUCGGGCAGUCCUUACACCUCCUUCAGUACCUCCCUCACACCCUGAAAACGGGGGUGUUCGUAGAGGUGGGUGCCUUAGACGGAGAAUACUUGAGCAACUCGCUGUACCUAGAGCGACACCUCGGCUGGUCGGGGCUCCUCAUAGAGCCUUACCCAGUGUCAUACAAGCAGCUGCUCAGCAAACACCGCAAAGCUUACUCGGUCAACGCAGCUCUCUCGGUCACCAACGUCUCCUCCAACGUGAUGCUCAGACCAGACGGAGACCUCGGGGUACUGAGCCAGUUGGCCGAGGACGGCGUGCCAGUGAAGGCCUUCCCGCUCUACACCUUCCUCCUGGCCCUCCAGGUCUCCGUGGUCGACUUCUUCUCACUCGAUGUCGAGGGCGUGGAAGUCAAGGUCCUGAAGACAAUCCCCUGGGACAAGGUCAAGUUCCGGCUGUUGUGCAUCGAGGUCAACCACAUCCCUGAGGGUCAGGAGGCCUUACGGGUCUUCAUGGAGUCCAAAGGUUACAAGCACUUGGGCCUCAGAGAUGUUGACUCCUGGUUUGGGUACCCGGAACUGUUGGCUCAGACCGCAGCCGGGAAUUGAUGAAGAUAUUGAUGCCCGUCCUCAUCAACAAGAGGCAAAUGAUCGUUAAUCUAGCCACCAAACUCCCUGUUUUUGAAUGAAAAACGCUUUACACACGACUCACAACCGAUGACGUCCGAACACUUCCGGAACAAGUGCUUCACUGACGACUUUUGUUCGAACCACAACGCUGUAAAUGCUUCACCCACGUUUUAC